AUGGCGACGAAUGCAUCGAUGAUGCUCUCGUCGACGACCGCGAUGAGAAAGAACACUAACGCGGUGAUGCACUCGUCGAGUCGCUCGGCGAUGAGCGUCGCGUGCUCGACGUCAAAGUCCGGAGCCUUUCAGAAGAAAAUGAAUUAUGCGCCCACGUCUCCUUCGGGAGGAGUGCCUUUGAGGAGGCGGAGGACGAUGCGAACGAACGCGGUUGCGAGGGGACCGGGAGGAGGAGAUUUUUUUGAAGAAGAGGAAAAGAAGUACGAGAACAACCAGCAGGAGAUGAGCAGUGCGAGCAGUAGUACCAACAACGUGUCGUCGUCGUCGUCGUCGUCGUCCAAGGCUUCUUCUUCGUCCAGUCACGUCGACGCCGGCGCGAAGAACGAGUUGGAUCCGGAGAUGGACUUGCCGCGGAGAAACAACAACAAGGACCACGCGGCGGCUUCGUCGUCGUCGUCUUCGUUCGCGCGGGAACAGCAGCCGACGAAGAAGGAGAGUGCUUCGCGCGACUCGAAGAAGAAGAAAGUGCCCCCAGCAGCGACGAAGAAGAAAAGUAAUGAUACUAAUAAGAACAACAACAACAACAACAAUGCGACGAGAACAAUGACGACGAAAGAGAACGCGACGAUCAUUAACAGCUCCGUGCCGAAGAGGAGCGCGAAGAAGAGCAGCGGCGCGAUUACCGCGACGACGAUGGCGACCGCGAAUAAUAAUAAUACUACUAAUAAUAAUAAUACCAAAACGAAAGAGGAGGGAGAAGAGACGUGUUCGUCGAAGAAGGAGGAAGAAGACGUGGAAGAAGAUGAAGAUCAAGCCCCGAAACACGAGACCACGAUACUCUCUAAAGAACAAUUCGAAACGCAAAAGAAACGAUUGGAGCUUUUAAUCGAAGAGAAAGAGUGGGCGGUGGAAGAGGCGAGAGAUAACGCGGCAAGAUCUUCUGUGAAGUUACAACGCGUCUUGGAUUACGUCAACGCGGUGGAAGCGUAUAAAGAGUUAUGCUCGUCGAGAGUGCCGGAUACGGUUUCUGAUUUUCUUGGGAACUAUGUGAACGUUUUGUGUUUGCCGAAACACGCGAAAGGCUACGACGAGGCGCUUUCGUUUCUCGGCAUAGACUUUGAAGAUUUGGACGAAGAUGACUUGGAAAUCACGCAUGAAGAUUUUUUGAGAGAGACGGAACAUUACAUGCGCAUCGAAGAGAGAUACGAUUCGGAACGGAAAGAGACUGGUGGGAGCUUUGAAGACGAAGGAGAGUACUACGAAGACGACGAAGAAGAGUACUACGAAGACGACGAGGAUUUGUUGGAAGCUUUAUUAGGCGGCGACGCGAAUUACAUCGCCGAGAUGAAGCUUCCGCUCGAACUCCACCUCGCACAAGACAUCGACGGAAAUUGGCGAUGGUUAGAAGAUGAUCUCGGGAGAGUUUUGAAAAGGAAACCUGAGGGCGAUUUUAUCUUUCGUCUCAUGUCUUUUGAAGAUUUAAUGAACGAAGGUUUGAACGUCAACUGCUUGCGAGAGGAAGUCGAUCCGAACGAACUGAUUGAUUUCUCAAAGUGUAGGUCGUUUGAUGACGCGAGACGAGCGAUGAAAGAAGCCACCGAGGCGUUGCGAAACAUGGAAGCCGAUGGGUGGGUGGUUGAAAAGAGCUUUUCGGCCACCGCGGCGAGUUUUGGCGCUUCCUCCUCCGGAGAUUCCACCGAUUCGGUCUUUGACAUCAGAGAAGAAAGCAGCGGACGACACUUGUGCAUGACGAAAGAGUUGAGACCGUUGAGAACUAUGUCGCACGUGGAUGGAUUACAUCCGGAAGAAGACGAGAAGUGCGAACGAGAAAUUCACCGCGAAGAAGCUGCCGGAGCGAUGGCGAGAGAUGCUUUCGACAGCUUUGACGACAACGAAUAA